AUGCGUUGGACAAAAUCCAUGAACGAAAACGCAUUGCGGGCGUACUAUAGGGCGAAAGGGGAAGAAACUGCGGGAAUAGCGUAUAGGUCUCGGAUGCAUUGCUUAUUUGCUGAGCUGGAGCCGUCUAUUCCCGUCACGGAACAAAACCUGGCAGACCGAGUUCGGUACAUCAUGCGCUCGAAAAUAUUUGAUGAUGCCGAACUCGAACGACUACGACGUGAGGCUAUUCCGUCGUCGAAUGAAUCGGCUAUGGCUGGAGAUGCAGCUCCACAUUCGACAGACCAGCAUCCACACGUGGAAGCCGCCAUGGAUCUUCCAGUUGUGGUUGAUUCGAACGACGAUGAAAUAGUCUCCCACGAACUAGAGCAAAUGAGGAGUAUAUUGGAAGAGGCGAUUUUGGAAACGCGCAGCACCCCUCUCGACCGCGACUUCCCCGCAUACCCCUAA